GAAGUCCAGCUCAGGGCUUCACAUCAGGAGCCUUCAGCUUCGCCGCGGCGGCAUCCCUGACCUUCGUAUCCCAUCCCGCCUUCCCAACACCCUCCAUCAACUUGCUUCGCGGAGGUGUGCACGGCAUGACAGGGUUCUUCAGCGGCAUGAACACAUCCAACAGAUGCCCCUGCACAAAACUUACCAACAUCGUGGAGAUCCAAUAAUACAAUACUCCCGCGGGCAAUGCUAGCGUCAGCGGUCCCGCUGCCAGAGCGAGGAGUUUCAGCAUGUUCCGAAGUCUGCGUUGAAAGGUAGAGGGUGUGCCCACUGGGGCUGCGGCGCGUGUGAAGUAGUGCGAAGGCACGAGAUGGAGGAGCAUUGUGGCGGACAGCGCGAAGGGGAGGAUGAGGAGCGGAUCUGCAGCGCUGAGGUCGACGAACCAUAGAGGCCCUUCGGUGGUCAUCGAAGGUUCUAUCCGGGUGAGCGCAGUGGCAAUGUCUGUGUUCGCGGUUGCACCAGACGCAGUUUCAGCAGCGCCUUCCGUCACAGAAGGCACGGAGCUGAAAAUCAAACGCAACAGUCCGCUGCCAGCUCCAGCCAACCGUCUGAUUGACUCGAUGAUUAUGAGGAAGAAUGGGAGUUGUAGCGCGGGUGCGAUGAACAGCUUGUAGCGUUGGCAGGAGAAGGCCUUGUAGAUUUCCAUCGUCUUGCGUGCGGCCAGCACCUUCAUGUUGGAGGUUCCCUUGGAUAUGUCAACAUUGCGCUCCAGUGCCCCUCGCCAUGCUGUAAUGAGAGGUGUAAGGCUUCGUUGCUUCGAUAUUAUGCGGCGAGACCAUAUCGUCAGCGGGAGAAAGGCAAGGCGGACUGCGACGGCAGCAAAUGGGAUGGCCGCCCACCAAGGGAGAACAUGGUGGAUUCCGAGGAAGGCGUUGUGAGUAGCCUCGAGGACGGGGUCGAGGAUUGUAUAUUUCUGACGGGGCGUAGCAUGGAAGGAUCGUGAGGCUGCAGAGGGGAAGCAGGACAGGAACGGUUGUGGUUGUCGAGCUUGCUGGAAUUGUAGCCGCACUGCUCGAGAGAGUGGGCGUUGCACGAGAUGCCGCGACAUGAAGCUGGCUCCGAGUUUUGAGGCGUUCGGGGCCAAUUGGCACGAAACCCUUUGCUAGAUAGCUCUGACCAUCAAAAGAUAUUAGCUGGAGACAGGCUGACUUGAAAUAGCAGCGAUACCCAAUCUACCGUUCUGUCAAUGUAUCGCGGGAUGAAGACAAAAUAUCGCGGGCGUCAGCCUUUCGGCACCGGGCCUUUAAUUUGCCGAGAACACGAGCCCACGUGUGUUACUUGUCACGUCGCAACGUCCUCAGCCUUGCCAUGCGCCAAGCAACAUACAUACCUAAUACGGAGUUUCAUAGUUCUGGACCAUUUCCAUGCUGAUAUAACACUUUCGUGCCUCUUUAUAAGGGCAGAAUGAUCCCUCUAGGCUGGCUCCUUGGCAUCACUGCCUUGGUGACACUUCUGCCCGUAGGAUUACUCCUCUACGGCCAUUCGCUAGCCCAGAUACUUGGAGAGACGAUAGGGUGGUACUUACUAAAGCGGACGGCCCCGAAGAGGGCAAUCAUUCUCAAAAAGGUUGCCGAGGAAGAGGCGGAGCUGGCAAAGGAGGCGGCGCGCGGGAAGAAGGCCAAGGAAGGCGACGAGGAGUGGGAGAGGGUUGAAAGCUACACUGUUGGCAACGCUGUGAACGGAGAUGUCGCCGAGAAGGAUUGGGAGGGGAUCGUGGGCUUCCUACACCCAUUCUGCAACGCAGGGGGUGGUGGUGAGAGAGUUCUCUGGGCAGCUGUGCGCGCGACGCAGCAGAGGUGGCCCAAGGCUACAUGUGUGGUUUAUACGGGCGACCACGAUGUCACCAAGGAGAAGAUGCUGGAGAGGGUUGAGAAUCGGUUCAAUAUCCAGCUUCACGCGCCGACCGUCACCUUCCUCUAUCUCACAACACGGCACUUAGUCCUAGCCUCAACAUGGUCAUUUGCAACUCUCUUCGGCCAAUCCUUGGGCUCGUUGUUCAUGGCCUACGACGCCUUCUCCCUUUUAGUCCCGGAUAUCUUUGUCGACACUAUGGGCUAUGCAUUCGCUCUUGGGCUGUGCAAGCUGAUGUUCCCAAAGGUGCCGACGGGAGCAUACGUCCACUACCCCACAAUCUCCACAGACAUGCUUGCCUCGCUCGACUCUACGACCAACAGCACACACGGUGUCAACGCCGGAAAGGGCGUCGGCGCGAAGGGUGCAGCGAAGAAGGUUUACUGGGAGAUUUUCGCCAAGGUCUACGGCUGGGUCGGCUCCUCGAUUGACGUCGUCAUGACGAACUCUACAUGGACACAGGGCCAUAUCCGCUCACUAUGGGGCGGUUUCCGAGCUGAGCGUGGCGUCAUGUCUGAUAUAGCAGUUGUGUACCCUCCCGUCGCAGUCGAAGAGCUCGAGAGCGAAAUCGAAAUCUCGGCAGAGAGUGAGAAGAAGAGGUCGAAGACGCUCUUGUACAUUGCGCAGUUCCGGCCGGAGAAGAAUCACACGUUGAUAUUGAACUCAUUCGCCGAGUUCAUGCGCACAAAGACGCCUGCCACGAAAGGCGCAAAGCUUGUCCUUGUCGGGAGUGUGCGGGAUGAUUCCGACUCAAAGCGCGUGUAUGAGCUGAGAUUAUUGGCCAACGAGCUCCAGAUCAAGGACAGUGUGGAAUUCCAUCUGGAUGCCUCUUGGCCAGAGAUAUUGGAGUGGUUACGAAAGGCGUCUGUGGGUGUCAAUGGAAUGUGGAAUGAGCACUUUGGCAUUGGUGUUGUAGAAUAUCAGGCGGCGGGGUUGAUCGCGGUGGUACAUAAGAGUGGCGGACCGAAGAUAGAUAUUGUUACAGAGGUGGAGGGGAAGCCAACUGGGUUCCAUGCGACAACUUCGACUGAAUUUGCCGAAGGGUUCGAGAAGGCACUGUCACUCAAGGAUACACUUGACUGGCGUCGCAGGGCACGGUUGUCUGCAAAAGGUUUUACAGAAGAGGAGUUUGCGAAGAGGUUCAUCAAACAGAUGGAGACGCUGGUGCUGCUGCAGGUUAACGGGCCAGGCCCUGGUAAGAAGAUAGAUACCCAUUUUACAGAGGGAUUCCACAUGUAGAUAUAUCAAAGAAAGGC